AUGUGGGUUGAGAGUAUCAAAAAUCUACCAGAGGAUGCGGGUAACUGGGAACUUACUUGCGAAAAGUUCAGACCCUUGUCAUUUGCUAUCGUUGUGCAGUGUCAUCCGCUGUCGUUGUGCAUUGUCAUUGUCAUCAUGCAUCGUCUGCUGGGGCUGAUCCACAUCAACUGCCAAAGACCUUCAACUGCAAGGGGGGAGAUGACAAGAGGAACUCACCACCUCAGAACACCAAAGAAACAUGUAGGACUUAAUGACACAAACGUGUUAAUGUCCGAAUUGCUUCCAUUUGUUUCUUGUGUCGUAAAAUUUCAUGACAUGAACGAAUGGCACAACACCAAUGUACCUUUGCAUCCACUGCUGUUGAUGCUUAUGCCCACUGCCAUCUCUACUUUUUGUCACAGCCAUCCUCUUGAAUACAUAGGACUUAAUGAUGCGAAGAUGUUAUUGUCCAAAUUCCUUUCUGACAUUUGUUCAAUACGAGGUAUGACGAUGGACAUGACAUAUGCUUCAGAGGUCUAUGACAUGAGAUGUGAUGUAUGCUCAGGAGGCAUAGGCAGUGGUAUCCAAUGCUUUUUUCUUUUUGAGGACCAAUUAUGUAAUGCAUACUACUACAAUUUGUAUAUUAUUUAUCCAUUUUAUUUGACGUAA